AUGACGCUGAGCUACUCAAAGUCAUGUCUCAUAGGCGCAGUCAUGGAAUCCAUGGCUUAUGGAAUUUACUUUCUCUUGUUUUGUCGCUGCGUGCGGAUCCUCUGGCAAAGACAUAUCAAAGGGAGGAUAUCACUUUAUCUAAUCACUGCGACGACAACUCUCUUUGUCCUGAUCACGAUUCGAAUGGCUUUGGACAACUAUGCUUCCGUGACGGCAUUUACUUACGCUCCAUUGACACCAGAUGCAGCAGAAAUCUAUCUUGGUAGCUUUGGUAAUGGUGCUAUGUUUAGGACUGGGACAUAUGUUGCUUUGACAAUUGUUGCGGACAUAUUCAUUGUUUUCCGUGUAUAUGCAGUGUGGGGAAGUAGCAUUUAUGCAGCAACUGUCCCAGCAUUGCUAGCAAUUGCGGACAUUAUCACUGGUGCAUUGACCAUUCAGACCAUUCACCAAUUGACUGCGGGAGAAAGCCCAGAUGGUUCGACUCUCGCAACUCACCUUCUGAUUUUCUAUGGAUUCACGCUAAGUGUCAAUGUCCUCUCAACAUUCAUGAUUGCAUCCAGAAUCUACUGGGCGCAGCGUCAAACAAGGCUCAUCAAAUCCUCCAUGAAUUUGAACAUGGCAAUCGAGGUUGUGGUAGAAUCUGCUGCAUUAUAUUCUAGCUCCCUUGUAGCCAUGAUUGCUCCGACAGCAACAGGAAGCAAUGUUCAAUAUUGUAUGCUUAGUGUGAUGUCCCCGAUUGUGGGGAUUGCAUUCACUUUGAUCAUUGUGCGAGUGGGGUCUGGAUUGAGCCCAGACACCAAUGCUGCUCCGCCCACUAGGUCACUACGUUUUGUGACACCGCGCAGUGAAUUUACGUCUGAGGUGGAACGGUCCCAAUUCCAAGCAACCGACCCGCUGCAUGCAAUGGAAAACAAUGAGUUCCAGCUGCAUCUCACUGAAGCAUCUCACAGCCAACAUACCGAUCACUCAGAUGGUGGCUUGGGACGGGAGUUGUCCAAAUAA